AUGUAUGAAAUUUUUGCUUCAUUAAAAGAGAUUAAUGAAUAAAUAUACAGUGUGAUUAUUGAGAUGUUUAAAAAAAAGAAGAUUUCUGAUUGUCAAGAUUUCCUUUUAAAACAUGAUACUCUAAAGCUGUACUAAGAUGAUGGAAUCAAUUUGAUGGCUAAUAUUAUUAAAACAAUUUAUGAUCAUGAUUUUAAUAAUAAGGACUAUUCUUUGAAAGCUAAUGUAGAAACUCAAGAAAAGUUAAUUAGAAAAAUACAAGAAGAUAAAAACAUCAAUGAAUUUUUGAAAUUCCUUGUUCGUCUAAAAGCUUUUGAUAAGAAGUUCAUUUAAUGCGGAUCUAAUUCAUUACACUUCUUAGUUUUAAUGAAGGUUGAUCUGAAAAAUUAAUGCUUUGAAAACAUUAGGAUUAAGCAUACUUCUUUAAUAGGAGGUAAUUUUGUAAGAUGUAAUUUGAGUGGAUCGAAAUUAAAUAAUGUAGACAUUAGUGGAAUUAAUUUGAAUGGAGCUUAAUUAUAUAAUUGUAAAUGGAAGAAUAUUAAAAUUCAUGAGUUGAUUAAAUUGAAAGUUCAUAUGGGAAUUGUAUGGUCAGUUUGUAUUUCUGCUGAUGGUACUACAUUAGCUUCUGGUAGUGAUGAUAAAUCUAUCAUUUUAUGGGAUGUUAAAACAGGAAACUAUAAAGCAAAAUUGGAAGGUCAUAGUUCUUCUGUAAAAUCAGUUUGCUUCUCUCCUGAUGGCACUCUAUUAGCAUUUGGUAGUUAUGAUAACUCUGUCCGUUUAUGGGAUGUUAAGACAGGAUAAUAAAAAGCCAAAUUAGAAGGAUGUAAGAAAGCAAUUUAAUCUAUAUGCUUCUCACCUGAUUGUACUACUAUAGCAUGUGGUAGCGAAGAGAACUUAAUCCGCUUAUGGAAUAUUAAAACAAGAAAAAAAUUAUUUAAAUUCGAUGGUCAUACUGGGUGUGUUAACUCGAUAUGCUUCUUUCCUGAUGGCACUAUAUUAGCAUCUGGUAGUGAUGAUAACUCAAUCUGUUUAUGGGAUAUUCAGACAGGGUAAUAAAAAACAAAAUUGGAUGGCCAUGUCGAUUAUGUCAUGUCGGUAUGUUUCUCUCCUGAUGGAGCUACAGUAGUCAUGAUAAAACUAUUUUGUUGUGGGAUGUUAAGACAGGGUCAUAAAUAGCUAAAAUUAAUGGUCAUAAUAAUUCAGUCGUAUCUGUAUGUUUCUCUCCUGAUGGUUCAACUCUAGCAUCAGGUAGUCAUGAUAAAACUAUAUAAUUAUGGGAUGUUAAGACAGUAUCAUAAAAAGCCAAAUUGAAAGGUCAUAGUGAUUUAGUCUCUUCAGUAUGUUUCUCUCCUGAUGGCACUACUUUAGCAUCUGGUAGUCAUGAUAACACUAUUGUGUUGUGGGAUGUUAAGACCGGAUCAUAAAAAGCCUAAAUG